CCUCUCUCUUUCUUAAUAAUCUCUCUUUGUUUUAGAGAGCCACCAUUGAACCAAACUCUUCAUUUCUGGCUCUUGGAAGAUUCAGAAAUAUAUGGCAAAUCGUCCACAUGUGCCCAAGUUCGGAGACUGGACAGAAGAUGCACCAUUCACGGUCGUGUUCGAAAAAGCGAGCAAGAGCAAGAAGAGUAUGAACGUGUCAUCUAACCCGAAUGAAUAUCCAGAAAUGAAUCCAAACGUUUCACAGAAUCGAAACUCUAGGCACGAGCAACCACAAAACAACAAUGUAAGAUCAAGACAUGAAAGGUUUAGUAGCAGAGAAGACACCGAGUUCAGACCUUCUCCUGCACACAAUGAAAGAAACAACAGGGUUAGAGCUCCGACCACGCAAGAAACACAUAACUAUCAAUCAUAUGGUGGAGGAGGCAGAUCACUCGGACAUCCAUCGGAAACCAAUAGGCGGCAAUCGCGCGAUCAUGUCCCAGUGCGGCCUAUACGCAAUCUUAGAGGUCAAAGUAGUGAAAGGGUGGCGACUAUUCCACCAUUUCCUGGAUCGUCUGGUUCGAACAUGGAGAAUCAAAGUUACACACUCAUCUUUGACAAAGUUAAAGAAGAUAGGAACAAUGCGAGAUCUUAUAAUGGAACCGAUCAUAGCACCCCGACUCGACCCAUCAACGACCAACAUCAUCAACCAUUACCUUCUUCUAGUCCUAAGGGUUGUUGCUUUCCUCCAUGGAGUAGAAAGUGAAGUUACCGAAGAUGUGACCCUUUUGCUUCUCUUUCGUUAAUCGUCAUAUGCAUGAUUUAUUUUGAUUUUUUGUUUUUCAGUUAUUCUUGUGGAGACAUAGGAAUUGGUUUUUGCUAAAAUGUAUCUACAACUUCUGUUACUCUCUAGUUAUUUGUGUUUUUUGUUUUGUUCUUAA